AAUAGAUACCACCGUUCUGUGACGUGCUGGGCCAGCAAUUACAUCUGUGACAAUUACAUUAUUACGUUAUGUUCUUGCCAAUAUUGUGGACCACCCUAGUGGUGGUCAGUAGUACUCAAAUACUUUCGUCGGAGCAAACUUCAGAAGAGAAACAGGAUAAUUUAGGACCGAUAUUUCAAAACAAAAACGUGAACGUUAUCGUGAACAUAAACGCGCAGAAUGUGGCUCAAGAAUUGUGGAAGAUAAUUGAGUCCCGCUUAAACAAUCGUUCCGAUCAUAUCACCAGCUUAAAGAACAUCAAGAAGGAUCUCGAGGAUGCUAUAAUACCUUUGUUACACAGUAGAAGAGGAAUAUCCCCGUCCACUUUUCAAGUGGCAGACCAGCUCGAUAAGAUCACCCGAAGAGCGCUCAUUAGAGAUACACCGGAUAUAAAUAUGUUAGACGAAGAAAUCAUGACGAGAGACAUCGUAGCAGAUAUGAUGGCUUCCCUGAAGGUAGUUCUAUCGAAAGGGAAUCAAUCGAAAACCGAUAAGAAAAACAAGUCGAAAACCGAUAACAGAAACAAUAAAAAGGACAAACCUGGUAGAAGGAUGCUGCAACAAUCUGUCACGACAGCAAUGUCCGACGACAAUAAGCAGAACGAUUACGUGAAUGUCAGAAUCAAGAUGCACAGGAAGGACAUUCUCGAUGCUCUUUCCGAGAAACUAAUUAGCCUGCUUAGUGAACAUUUAACAGCUAGUAAUGAAAGCAAUGAGAUCCAAUCCAAUGGACCAAAUUCCAACAUUCGGAGAUCAUUGGAACAUGAUAUCCAGCAGCUCUUAAGGCCAAAAAAGCUGAAACAUCGAAGAAAAAACAAGAAUCAGAACGAGAACGCUAAUAUUAAUGAGAACAUAAACGCGAAUAUUAACGCUGAUCGAUAUCAUAGACGUUCUUUCGGUGGUGGCGAUCCACAUUUAUCCAAAGCGCACAAUCAAAAUAUGAAUAGUAAUAUUAACUUUAAUAGUAAUUUAAACAGAAACAGGGAUGAUAUAUUUGAUUUCAGCGACGAAGAAUGAUAAACACAUUUAAACACAGAUGAACUUCGGCCUGAAAAGAAAUCGAAAAACAUAAUGCAAAAAUUAGAUACUUUUAAUCCUGGGAAAAAUAUUUGUCUAUUAUUAUAAACCAACUGUUCAUCAAUUUUUUUACUAGCAAGUAAAUUCAAUGUCAGUUUUUUGUUAUGCAUAUAAUCAAUUUCUUGAUGAGAAAAGUACUAAUAAUAAAAUCAAUACUUGUCUAUUGAAAGGUAGAAUUCUUUCAUAAUUCUUUUAACAAUUCUUUUACGAUUAGUAUUGAUAUUUUUAUUUAAAAAAUAAUAUGUGUUCUUAUAAAAACAAUCUAACGACUUGACUUAUGUACUGCAUAUCAUAUUACAACUUACCACUUACCAAAAUAAAGGUUGGCUAAGAACAAUUAUGCUGCAGCCCAUAUAUGUAAUCAUGGCACUUGCCGUUUAUUAAAAACAAAUUCAAUAGUAA